AUGGUAAGUAAUUUAGGAUGAAUCGUAAAUCCAUUUACCUGGAGUAAAGGGACCCAUGACCAUUAGGUCCAGUCAUGGCUGACUCUGGGGCUGCGGCGCUCAUCUUGCUUUAUUGGCCGAGGGAGCCGGUGUACAGCUUCCGGGUCAUGUGGCCAGCAUGACUAAGCCACUUCUGGUGAACCAGAGCAGCGCACAGAAACGCCGUUUACCUUCCCGCCGGAGCGGUACCUAUUUAUCUACUUGCACUUUGAUGUUCUUUCGAACUGCUAGGUUGGCAGGAGCAGGGACCGAGCAAUGGGAGCUCACCCCGUUGCGGGGAUUCGAACCGCUGACCUUCUGAUCGGCAAGUCCUAGGCUCUGUGGUUUAACCCACAGCACCACCCGCGUCCCAGUAUUACCUGGAGUAGACCCCAUCAAAUUAAAAAUGAUUUAAUUCUGAAAAGACAAGAUUAGAAUUAUGCUCUUACGCUACUGACAGUACAGUCCUAUAAAUGUAUCCACUGAAGUAAGCCACUUUGAGUUCAGCCGGACUGAAGAGAAGUAGAGGUAGGAGGUAGAGAUAAUAGAGGGCAGAAACACAAAAAAUGUAGAGUAAAGGGUUAUCACGCAUCUCUAUCUGCAUACAACCUUCAAAAUUAAUGUAGCACAACAUAUAAUAUCCUGUGAGUUUGCUCCAACAAUCAAUCCAGGUCAAAUAUCUCUCAAGAGGAUUGUGUAGAAGUCACUUCUGCAGUUGUUGCAAUUGGUAUUCUCUUUUCAGUACUUAUUAAGAGUAAAAAAAAAGCUAGCCCAUUGAUCUUUCUAUACUUGCUAGAACAACUGACAUUGAUUCCCCUGUCCAUUGUGUUUGGAAUAAUAGAAGAGCAUGGCUUUUUUGUUCAUUGCCAGCAGCGUGCUUUCUGUUUGUGCAUCUGCAUCAUUGAUUGGGUUACAGCAGCUACUGGGGGAAAAGAAUUUGUUGGUUGACUGUGAGACUGCAUAAAAUAGUCUAGCCUUGUCUGUGAGAUACUUACACACACACUCAGCGCUUCUAAAAACAACCCAGCUACUCAUUCAUUAACAAGACAAGCAACUUUCCUUCUAUCAACGCUGGUUUCUAUUUGCCUGUGUGUCUUACAGUGUAAUUCAUGUUUAUUCGAAAGUUGGUCUUGGUUUGUCCCAUGGGCUUGUUCCCUAUUAGGUGGAUUUAGGAUUUCAUUCAAAAGUCCAUUAAAAGUGAAGCCAGAUUCUUACUGAUCGUAAAGGACACAGGUAUCUCAACAAACUAGGAUUCAUCAGGGCCGGCCCUGUCAUGAGCCACAUUGAGCAAGCUUCCAUAAAACCAUCAAAAUGAAUGCACUCCAUUGCUAAAUGCAGUCAAGCUGCGUAUAAGAAAGAAUGAAUGACUCAGGAUAGCCCUAGCAUUUAUGAAUCAGCUUUUUAAAAAUAUAUGCGCCACUGUAAAUAUUCCAUCCCAAACAACCCUCCCCCCCCCAAAAAAAGCCAAUGACUUUUACAAUUUGCCUAUAGAACAUCAGAAUGAGAAGAGCUGCAGCUAUACUUCAGGAAGAGAAGGAAAUAAAACGAUUUGCUUACCCUUCAAAAAUAAUAGCAGCAGUUGUAAACUACUUAUAGUAGUGAUACAACCACUGUUGCUCUUGAGGAUAAAAAUAAAUGAUGCCCAACCCUGUGAAAUGUAACCAGGAAUAAUAUUUCACCUGUAAAUGUAUGAAUAGAAAACAAAUUUGAAUUGGAUCCAAUCUAGAUUCUUUGGGAACACCACAAGGGUUGUUCACACCAAGUGAGGUUCCCCCUUCCUUCCUUUGUUUUCUUUGAGCAAAAUCCCAUGCCCUGUUAAAAUUGCUUUUGAAACUUGUGUCAUUUAUAGAAAUGACUUGCUAUGUGGCAUGGGAUCUAUGCUGUUCAAGUCUCGGCUUGCAGAAUCAGUUGCUGGUUCUUUAGAUCCCGACCUAUAACACCACAAAGGUCUGUGGUGCAUUUGUAUGCUGUGUAAGGUGAGAAUAUGGUGACAAGUCCCUGUCCUGAAGAGCUUACAGUCUAAAACAGGGUUUCCCAAACUUGGGUCUCCAGCUUUUUUUGGACUACAACUCCCAUCAUCCCUAGCUAGCAGGACCGGUGGUCAGGGAUGAUGGGAAUUGUAGUCCCAAAACAGCUGGAGACACAAGUCUGGGAAACCCUGGUCUAAAACAAAAUAAAGUGGGUUUCCAUAGUAACAUCUGCACAAUACAUUUAAAGCACAUGAUUUUCCCCAAAGAAUUCUGGAAAGUAUAGCUUGUCAAGGGUGCUGGGAGUUAUAGUACUGUAAAGCAUGAACUACAGUUCCCAGAAUUAUCUGGUUGAAACCAUGUGCUUUAAAUGUAUUGUGCAGAUGUUACUAUGGAAACCCACCUUAUUUUGUGCGGGUGUGCUUUCAAUGCAUCUGUGAAGCACUCUGUAUUUGAGGGACAUUCCUAUCUCUCUUCAGCGAAUAGAGAAAUCCAUCUGAUAUUUGAACUAUACCCAUAGACUUUACAGCCUCACAAGCAUUUCCUAACUGUACUUCCCAUUUCCCAAAUGUGUUUGCAACUUUUGAAUUGUGCCCAUAAGAUUUCACAGUCACACAGUCGUUCUAAUUGUAAUUUUGAUUUCCAAAUAUAUUUGUACUGCGCAUGUUUAUUUGUUUAUACAUUCUUACCCUGUCCUAAUGCACACGCAUUAUUAAGGGUGUCUUACAGCAAAUUAAAAUCACAGUGGACCAUUUCCAACAUUAGUCAUCAUCCAACAUUAGUCAUACUCAUUGGUAGUCCACUGAUUUGAGUGUCUCUACUCAGAGUAUGACUCAGUUGAGUACCACCUAAUUAAAUCAACCUUAACAAAUGAAAACACCCUUAUGUUUUCUUUACAUUUCUCUGAUUUAAUAAACUCUUGUUAAUUUGCUUAAAUUCCCAGCCUCAAUAUUCCCAUAUUGGCUAGACAGCAUUUUUAAAAAAAUCUCGACUAAACAGCUUUAAUAUACUGCAUAAGACAAUAUCACUGUGUUAGGGAUUCUUAAAUUACUGUGUAUUGCUUCCCAGGGACUUAAACAAAUGUUGUUUUAGUUCUUACACACACACACACACACACACACACACACACCCCUCCUGUGUGCUCUGAAUUGAGGAACAUUUUUCCUGUAUCAUUAAAGAAGAACAUGUGCCACAUACAAUAUGGAACAAAUACAAUUUGGCAAGCCAUGCCAUUUCAUUGGAGAGAUAGGUACAAACUUAACUAAAAACAUUUCCUCUGUGAUUUUGCUGUAAGUCCCCAGAGAUAUCAUACUUUGCAUCCUUGAAGAAUUCAUGCUUUAAGCCAGGCAUGGCCAAACGUGGCCCUCCAGAUGUUUUGGGACUACAACUCCCAUCAUCCCUAGCUAAACAGGACCAGUGGUCAGGGAUGAUGGGAAUUGUAGUCCCAAAACAUCUGGAGGGCCAAGUUUAGGGGUGCCUGCUUUAAGCCAACUCAGAAAGAAAGAGACAUUCUCAGCAAUAAUCAAAGCCUCAAAGUUUUCUGGGCAGAUCUUUACAUCUCUCUGAAGUACCGUAUUUUUCGCCCUAUAGGGCGCACCGGCCCAUAGGACGCACUUAUUUGGGGGGGGGGGAUUUUUAUUCCCCCCCUAGCCCCAAAGAGCAAAGAAGCCAUGACAGCGAGCGGGAUGGAUCCCGCUCGCUGUCCUGGCUUCGUUUUUAGCCUCGGGGCUGGGGGUCUGGGAGCGAAGGCAAGGUUGCACAACCUCGCCAUCGCUCUCGGAGCUUGCGGGGCUGGGGGAGGGGGAAGCCGGAGCUUCCCCUGACCCCAGCCCGGGUCCGAGAGCGAUGGCGAAGUUGCGUGCAACCUCGCCAUCACUCCAGGAGCUUGCCAGGCUGGGGGGAUAGCUUCCUGAAGGCUGGAGAGCGAGAGGGGUCGGUGCGCACCGACCCCUCGCGCUCACCACGCUUCAGCGAAAGCCUGCAUUCGCCCCAUAGGACGCACACACAUUUCCCCUUCAUUUUUGGAGGGGAAAAGGUGCGUCCUAUAGGGCGAAAAAUACGGUAUAUCUGAAACAAAAAUAACCAAAUCUUUGGUGCAGAUUCCCUUGCUUUAACCACUUAAACUUGAAAGGGCUCUUUGGUUUUGUGAAACAGCUGUUCCUCUUGCUUAAUACUGUGAAUGAGUCAUUAAUUCUAGAUUUGUGAGAUCGCAGUCUCUUUCCACAGAAAAGCAAGUGGUGCUGUAAACAAUGUGCACUGAUAAUAUUGCACGAUGAGCAAAGUAGCAGCUUGCUCUUUCCUUUACCACAAGUAAACAUGGUUGUGAAAUGCCUAACAGAAGCUCAAAGUGCCAUCAUGUUUACAAUAUGAGCAGCCCUUCCAUCCAGCUAUGAAAGAGGAGGGAUGCACAGCCAUCACCUUUUGGUUCUGACUCUCCUUUAGCUGUUUCCUUUCCAACUGAUCAUUAGAAGACCUUGUAACUAAGAGCUGGCACUUGAGUUCACUCCUUCCUCCCAAUCAAUCUUCCUUUUGUGUCACAUCUUUUAAAUUGUAAGCCUGAGGGCAGGAACAGUCUUGCCUGUAGUGAUCUGCAAGUCACUCCUAGCCUUUUUUGGCUGAAAAACAGGGUUUUAAUUGUAUAAAAUUAGCAAACAAGAAAAUGUACAGCGCCCCAUAACAACAAAAAAUAUCUAGGCAGCUUAUAGUAUUAAAACAGGCAGCCAAUAGUUCUAUUAGACUUUGAUGCUGAAAAACAGAGCUCUUUGCAAACAGUGACUGCCUAUUUUCUUUGAAUGGUUCAUGCUCCCUAUGGGACUAAAUGCAAGGAACAUUCCCCAACAUUGAAGAAAAUUUGCUGUUAUCUCCUGUGACCAACUUCCCUCCGCUCAUUAAAGGCCCUGCUAACUAGGGUCUGGCGGCAGAAUUUUCUGCAGAUUGCACAGCAAACCCUUGCUUUCAGAAAGUUGCAUGCAGUAUCCAAUAUAUAUAUAAAAAAGUAAGGUAAAGGAUCCCGGGACAGUUAAGUCCAGUCAAAGGCGACUAUGGGGUUGCGGCGCUCAUCUCGCUUUCAGGCCAAGGGAGCCGGCGUUUGUCCACAGACAGUUUUCCAGGUCAUGUGGCCAGCAUGACUAAACCGCUACUUGAGCACGGAGGAUUGUGACGAGUGCCAGAGUGCACGGAAACGACGUUUACCUUCCCACCACAGCGGUACCUAUUUAUCUACUUGCACUGGCAUGCUUUCGAACUGUGCUUGUCUGUGUCUAAACAUUUUACCACUGCCACCAACUGUCCUGCGUAAAGGGAUCCAGGAAGGAAGGGGCAAUGAAUGCUAUCUCACAACACCAUCCACCACCAUCAAAUGGGAAAAAUAAAGUCAACGAGAAAGAUGCAGGGGUUAUAAUGCCUGGGCCAAAUACUUUCAUAAUCAGACCACUCUGUUAAACAUAGAUAAGCUUCUAUAAACAGAAACACUUACAGACCUGCUUCUCUGUCCAGCUGUUUUGACUCCCUCCAUCUUGCGGUAUAGAUGAGCAAAUGAUACAGCUUGGCGAUUUGUCCUGGUAUUUCCCAGGUCACAUGGAGUUUAACAGGGUAAUCCUAUGUUCUUGGAUCUUUAUUCACUUCCAGGGAAUUGGGAGAAAUAUCAUAUCACCAAAUUGUGAGGAUGACACACUGACAGGCUGGCUACCGGCUUUAAAUAUCACGUUUCUGGCAAAGACGCAUAUUGGCUGAGUGAUGCCAUUUAUUGGCUCAGUUUCUGCUGUUGAGAGCAUAUUUAUUUAUAUGCUCUUAUGCCACCUUGCAGCUUGCAAAAGACAAUUAGUUUCAUAUACAUAACAAUGCUAAAAGACAAAACAGGUAAAUUGCGCAUCCAAAUGAUUUACUGUAAAAUCUGCUUGCUGGGUUUCCAGUCCAAGACUCCAAUGGCCUUCCUUUUACACACAUCCCCCUGUGCUAAACACUGCCAUGCACUUCCACCAAAAUGAUUCUGAGAUAUACCAACGGUGGGGAACGUCAAGCUUGGGGCUGAAUGCACCCCUCCCAGCCUCUGGAUCUGACCCUAGGAAUUCUCCCUCGGCUACACCCCUUCUCCCCUCACCAGCCUCAUUCCACACAACUCCUUGUGGUUGGAAUGUUUCCUUGAGCUGUGAUGACUGUCUCUCCUUGCUUAAAGCUCUUGACUUUUGAGUGGACUGUGAUUGUGCAAAGGUAAGAGUUGCAUAAGUUGUUUCACCCGCUAUGGCCCCUGGCAGCUUCCCCUCAGGCUAAAGCAUUUUUUUCUUUAAAAAAUGUUUAGGGGUACUCUCAUUUUGACUCAAGAAAAUCACCACUUUAUAGUUCAAAUUGGGAAAAAUAAAUACAGUAUGUUUCCGAGCACAAUUCAAAGUGUUGGUGCUGACCUUUAAAGCCCUAAAUGGCCUCGGUCCAGUAUACCUGAAGGAGCGUCUCCACCCCCAUCGUUCUGCCCGGACACUGAGAUCCAGCACCGAGGGCCUUCUGGCGGUUCCCUCAUUGCGAGAAGCAAAGCUACUGGGAACCAGGCAGAGGGCCUUCUCUCCCACCCUGUGGAAUGCCCUCCCUUCAGAUGUGAAGGAAAUAAGCGGCUAUCUUCUUUUUGAAAGACAUCUGAAGGCAGCCCUGUUUAGGGAAGUUUUUAAUAUUUAAUGCUGUAUUGUUUUUAACACUUGAUUGGAAGCUGCGCAGAGUGGCUGGGGGAACUCAGCCAGAUGGGUGGGGUAUAAAUAAUUUAUUAUUAUUAUUAUUAUUAAUAAUAAUAAUAAUAAUAAUAAUAUUUAAUCAUAGAUAGUUUCACAAAUUCUUCAUUUCCCAAUCAAGUAAUCGUCUAUGCAUUUUGGAUAAAUUGUUAACUCUAGAUCUUAAUAUUUCUUUUUCGAAUUCUGAUGGUUUUUCUGCAAAUCCCAAUUUCUUGUCUACCUUAAAUUUUGAAUUGAUUUGAUAAUUUAGCCAGUCCGACACAUAUUCUUCAAUUGAAAUUGAAUCUCAAUUCAAAUUGAAUCUCUUCAAUUUCCCCCCCAUUUUUGGUUCUCCUUCUGAGAAGUCUAACACUUCAUUAUAAGUACCCCAGUUAUCCCUCAUAUUAAUCUUUUUCCUUGUCUCAGCUUCUAUUGGGGAUAACCACCUUGGUGUUUUGAUUUCUACCAAGUUUUUGUAUUUUCCCAUAUACUAAUUACGCUUUUUUUUCCUAACAUGGUUGGCAAAGCUGAUUUUAUUGUGAUUGCAGGUAUGUUUUACUAGAUAUUAUGUAUAUAUAUCUAUGAUCAUAUAUACUAGCUUUUAUUUACUUAUAUACUGAAUAUAUAUAUAUAUAUAAACACUCUACAUAUAUAUGUGCACGCGCAUAUGUGUAAUAAUUUUAUUAUGAUGAUUAUUUAUACCCCACCCAUCUGGCUGGGUUUCAAUAGAAUUAAAGCCACACACACACACAUCUAUAAAUGUUUAAUUCUUUUUUUAAAGAUCCCACCCAUGUUUUUAGCUGUUCUUUUUUUAUCUGUAAGCCGCCUUGAUUCCCCACCAGGACGGGGGAUAAAUACAUGUAAAUAAAGUAAGAAUAAGAAUGAUGGUGAUAUGUGUGUCAGCUGCUGCGUGUGACCCUGCCGUAUGCCUUGCAGUAACGCCUUCAGCGGCCCCGCUAACCCAGCGGGCAGCAGAGACCUUGACUCCCUCCCGCGGAGCCGCAAUCAAUCUCCGGCAAAAGCAGCAGCAAACCACGCCUCUCGCCGCCGCCACUUCUGCGCAUGCGCUUGCCUCCCGAGACUCCUCCUCCUCCUGAUCUGCUCAGGAAGUAACGCAUGCGCGUCGCCGCCUGUGUGUGGCGAAAGCCCUCCGCGCUCGCAGCUGCCCGAGCUGUCGGGUCGCCGGCGGUGACACUCGGAGCGCGCGGCGACAAAAAACAACAAAACCAAUAGGAAGAAGGAGAAGCAGCAGCAGCCGCGAGGGGGCGGGGCUUAAGAGAGCGGCCGCUCGCGCCCUCCUCGGAAUCCUGAGGGCCGUUCGAACCCAACCGCCGGCGCGAGGCGAAGGAGCCCAACCGCCGCCCAGCAACCGCCGUCCCGAGUCGGCGUCGCGCGCCCAAGGGCUCCCUCAGGCUGAGCUCCCGUCCCGCGCCUCUCCGCUCUCGGGAGCUGCCGGCCCUUCUCGGCUGCCCCGCCCUUGCCGGCUUGGCUUGGCGGCCCGUCGUCGCCCUCGCUGCCGAACCUACCGGACGGAGGCGGCUUCUGGUGAGGGAAUCCGGGAGCUUUGGGGCGGGCGGGCGGGCUCCGUUGCCUGAGGGGAUGGGUGGGGAUCCCGACGGUGGCCCUGGGCAUGCCGGAAGGCGUCGGGGCGGGGAAGGGAAGAAGGCUGGCCGCCGCGCGAGGAACUCCCGGCGUUCCUGACGAGGCGAGGCUCCGGUUGGAAAGGGACACCCGGGGUCAUCUAGUCCGACCCCCUUUUCACGCAGGAACCUUUCGCCCAACGUGGGCCUCGAACCCGCCCUAAGAGACUCACCCAGUGCUUCUCAACCGUGGGUCCCCUGGCUGGGGUCGGACUACAGUUCGCAUCGCCUCUGACCGCUGGUGCUGCUAGCUAGGGAUGAUGGGAAUUGUAGUCUAACAACAGCCAGCGACCCAGAUUUGAGAAGCACUGGAUGAGACUCUUAAUAUUAUUGUGGCAGGUUCGAGCCCCACGUCGGGCGAAAGGUUCCUGCAUGGCAGGGGGUUGGACUAGAUGAACCUGGGUGUCCCUUCCAGCUGUCCGUGGCCUUGCAGGCAAGGGAGGAGCUUCCCCCUCCAUCGUGGUGAAUGAAAUUUCUGGGUCUCUGCUGUAGAACAUUUAAAGGGUUGGGUUGCCAGUUCUGGAUCCUGAGAGGAGUCUUGCUAUCUUCAGGGCUGCGACCCUCAACAUCUUGCACUUGCAAAUUAGAUCCACUGAAGGCUGGGGUAGGACGGGGCUGGGGAGUAAGUUGUGCUAAGUAACUAUUGCGAUUUAUCAUUUGCAACCUUCCAUAGGCAAAAAAUAGAUCCCAGCUCCUGCUGAGUAUAGCAUCUAAAUUACACUCCGUAAGAGUGCGCUGUAAGAGUUCUUUAAAUCUGUGGACGCAGCUUUACAAAUUGAAAUUUCCUCGCUUUUGCGAUCUUAAACUGGUUAUCCAGAGGCAAAUCCCGAUAAUCUCAAUGGGUUGGAUGCAGAGUUGGUUAGUUGUGCUUAAGUCCCAGCUAAAGUUUCACAUUGAUUUCAGUAGGACUGAUUCUGUCUCUUAACAUUUUAGAAAGUGUGCUGGCACAGCGAUAAUAUUGAAGUAUGGACUUGUCAGUUAAUCCAUGUUCAUUACCCUUUUAUGCAUUGUUUAAAUACCUUGUCAGGGCGUAUAUUCAAGAUCACUUAACAGAGAUUAAUUACUCUUCAAUUGUUUUUAAUCCCCAGUUCUACUCUGUUGUGAUGGGAAAGGAACUGGGAUUUUUCCACCCUUUGAGUAGAUGGGUUUUGUUGUAACACAGGGCCUACAGUUUAUACACUAGGUCCACAUGCAUGUUCUACAAAUACAAGAUUUCAGUAAGAUGGAUGUGCUGAUAGUUGAAAAGGAAGCUGCAGUCUGUAACAGUGGCAGUGAGGGGAGAACUGAGUAUUUCUUUCAGAUUAAUGAGUUGGGACUAUCAAGGGUGUGCUUGUGUGAUGUCAGAAUGGCCUCAAGUGCCCUGAAACUCUUGUAAAGAGCUGGGCAGAGGUGUCUCCUGCCCUCACAUUGUGUGUUUAUCCCACUCCUUACAUUGUAUAUAGCCGUAUCUCUCUUGUUCCUCUGUUUAUUGAGGCCUGAUAUUAAAGAAGGGGGAAAGUGGAGAAGCAAUAAAUGUUUUCAGUUGUGUUUAUUCUGACAUAAAUCUGUUUGGACUGCAGUGUAGUGUUCUACAUGCUAUGCAACUGUAGAUAAAAAUUAUUUUCCUCAAGAGUGUGAGGAAGGCACUGUCUACUGUUGUCUUCUUUUUCUACCUUAUUAUGCUAUGUGGGGAAAGAAUCAAGUACCCCUUUCCUUGGGAAAAUUAGUGCUAUUGGUUAAAGAGGACUUUUUGUUCACAUAGGCUUUUCAGAAGAGUGACUCCAGCUAUAUGUUCCAUUGAUCAAUAUUUAUUUCUUUUAUUUGUACAUUGCUUUUAUGAUAUAUUGUAUUCUUAAGUUGUAUAUUACUUUGGUAGUUUUAUGCUAAGUGAUAUAUGAUUUUGUAUAAUAAGAGGGGAAAUAGUCUGCUAUAACUAUUCAUUUGAAAUGGAAUUAUUUGUGGUAUGUUUAUCAGUGCUUCAUGGUUACCAGCAGUGCUUUUUUCAGGGGAUGCUCAAAGUUAUGCAGAAAAACACUUGUUACCACACAUACAGCCAACGAAUUAGAUGUCCAGCACAUAAUUAUGUUCAGCACUGUGAACUGCCAUAUUAACUUAAUUAGAUGCUAAUUUUUAUCCUGGAAAUUGAAUUCCUGUCUUGCUAAAAACUGCAGUUUUCCGUAAUUCUUACCAUGCUGUAUCUUGAGCCUUAUAGUAGGACUGAAGAGUUAACUUUUAUAAAAACGUGUCUAUCUGCGGUUUAAGAAUGGUUGUGUGGAUCAUGGUACAGAAUAGAUACCAAAUACAUCACUCUUCUGGUUACUAUAUGUUCUCAGUCUGUAUAAAUUAUAGUUCCAUUUUAAAAAACUGCUUGGGAAGUUUUCCUCAGGAGCAAUUUUUUCUGUCUGGUACAGAAUAAUUCCAUAGAUAGUUCCAGUUACUUCAGCUGUAUAUUUGAAUGAAAUUCAUGAUGUAAAUACAAACUUACUGAAAUAGGUGGUGGUAUUUUUCUUAUCUAAUGAGACGAGAUAACACGGAGACUGAAUUUUUUCCCACUUUAAGUCACAGAGUGUUCUAAAGUCAAGAACUUCUGAGCAUAUUGAGUCAGCUCAUUGUGAGUCAUGAAAGAUGACUGGAGUUGUGGUAGUUUCCAGUUGUAGAGCAAUCUUUGGCAGCAUUGCAAGCGAAUGAUUUGAUUUUCAUUAUGACUUUUCUCUAGUUAGUGUAUACAAAGUAACAGGAUGCUAUGCUACUGUUACAGGCCUAUGAUUCAGGGAGAACCCCAAGAAACUACAGUAAUCUUGGUGCUAUGGUUAUUUAAAAAUAUUUCAGUAAGUUAUAGAAUGAAAAGCAAUGUCUGUAAUGGUGGGCUAUGGCUAGACUUUGAGAACAUUCAUUUAAUGAACCACAGAAUGCAAGAUGAGGAAGAGUAUAUGAGUUCAUUUUUGUUAAAUGGUAAAAAAAUAACACUAAUAAUCAGGAAGCAUAGAACUUAAGCUUUUCUGCCAAACUCUAACGGUUUGACAUUGUAACUUGUAUUAUGUGACUAUUUUGUCACUUAUUUGAUUUCUAACCUAUCUUAUUACAUAGAAGGAUGCCCCAAUUAUCUUAUUAUAGACAAUUCAGUUGCUGAUUCCAUUCCUAUGGCACAAAAUAUUGCUUUGGGGCAGCCAGUUCACUAGCUCUCAUUGGGCCAUUGUGGCUACUUAAUCCCUUCUCACACCCCUGACUUUUGGCACUUGGAUGAAAGUUCAUCUGGCUGUGCACUUCUUACUUAUUAUUUCUCGCCUCUUCUGCAUGCCUUUUUAAAGUUAGGCAGAGUGGGCAGAGCUGGGUGCAACAGCAGUGACCCAGAUGAGAACUUGGUUAAAGCUUAAGGUCACCCCUGAAUUGUGUCAGUGUCAUGUAAGACCAAUAGCUAGAAAUGUUGGCGCUUUAGAGCUGUAUUAUUAAUGGCCUUCAUAGAUGCUUCAGGAGAAAGUUAAAAGGUCAAGUGAAAGUUUAGAAUGAAAACUUACAGCCCUGCAGCUGGAAGGGUGGAGCAGAAUAUAGAGACCUGGCCUCUGAUAAUGUAGAGACUACCUUCCAUUACUAUAAGUACUACAGUGGCUUUAGAUUGUGUCCUUGGGGCUGGGAGAAUUGCAGCUGGCCUAGACCUUGGCCUGGUGAAAAGGCAGCCUGGAGCUCUAGCCAUUCAGCUCAUUUCCAUUCAUUUGCCAACUAGCCAUAUUGUUCAUAAUUGGUAUAACAAAAGGGGAUGAGGAGUCUAUCGCACUCUUCUCUGUCCCCCCUCCCCGCUAAACUAUCUGCCAGUCAAACUUUGUUCAGUUAGAUAGAAGACUAGAUGUGGUGCAACACUUUGGAUUAGGAAUAUCUCUGAUUCUGUAAUCAUUUGUAACUAACCAAAGAUUUGACUGGUUAGUAAAAUUGGUGCAUAAAAUUCAUUCUGUCCCAUUGUCUUUUCAGGCUUAUUGGCCUAUGCCUCCUCCCCCUGAAGUGCCAUUGAGUUUUGUCUCCUUUUCUCAAGUAUUGUGAGGACUUUCCUUUUGUUCCCUUCUUCCUUCAACUCUGUGCCCCUUUCUGCUCCUGUUUCACUGUGGUAUACAGUGGGGCUGCCAGCCCUUAAAAAAAUGGGGUGCCUCUGCUUCAGUCUGCCUUGCAAAGGAGCUUUUUCUCCUUCUGGUGCUGUGCUGUUGCAAGAAUCCUUUGGAGCUCAGCUUCCUGUUUUCAGAGCUCUGAGCUCGAAGCCCUUUUUGCAGUGACACUGCACCAGAGGGAGAAGGCACUCCUUUACAAGGUAUGUGGAGGAAAGAGAAGUUCCUCUCUCAGUUCAGUGUUGUGAUGGAAAGGGAGGGGGGAAAUGCUCUUUUCUCUGUCUGUUACUGCACUCUGAAUGUGUACCUACCUAUCUGUGUAUGUGAGUGUGGGAUGGGAAGUGUGCAUUGAUCAUUCUGAAUAUGCCCAUCACUGACAUGCAGUCUUUAGAGAGUUUGUCAACCAUCAGUGUGGUCCUAAGGCCAAAAAGUUUUAGCUAUUCCACUUCUAGGAGUUUAAAAGUAAUUAACAACUCAUUACAUUGCACCAAGAAAGGAAAUAAAUGUUACAAGAAUGAAAAUGCUACAGCAGUGGAAAUACUUGCUCUCUAAAGCUGUCUCCAUAUCUAUUGAUCUUUCCCUUAUGUAAGUUACAUCAACAUUCUAAUUUAUUUAGGGAAACUAGAUGUUUCACAAACAUCUCAGCAUUCAUCCAUUCUGGCAGAGAGGGAAACAUUGGAGGCAGGUGAAACCAGAUACAGGCAACAACCAGUUUAUAGCCUAUUUAUAUAUUAUUGGUAUCAAUACAGAAGUGCUUUUUGUGUGUUUUUCCUUUUCCUUUCCAACAUCAAUCAAUUAAUUAAUUAAAAUUUGUGUACCGCACUUCAUCCAAAGAUCUCAGGACGGUUCACAUCAGAAAAAUGUAAAAUGAAAAUACAAAAUACAUAACAAAGCAAAUCAAUAAUCCUCCCAGAAAUACAUUUAAAAAGCCGUAGAAUGUUAAUCAGCCAAAUAUCAGAUUUUUUUUAUUAUUCAGUAACCUUUCUGAAUUUCCAGACAUCAUUUUGCAGCAUUGUUAGUUCAGUGGUAGACCGUAUACACUGCAAACUUAACGUCCCAAGUACAGCUCCUGUCAUCUCCUCUUAAAAAGUACCAGGGCUGGGAAAUACCAGGAUUUGGAGAGACAUUGCUAAACAGAACAGAUAAUAUUGAGCUGUAUCGGGGAUAGGGAUGCUCAGGCUGGGCCCCAAAUGCAGCCCACCUCUAUAUGGCCCUUGGGAUCCCCCCCUAUAACUCUCACCAAUCCCAUUACAUGCCCUCCUUGAGUGUGUUUGCCUGACUGGAAUGUGUUUUUGAAUUGUGAUAAAGCUUGUGGGAUGGAGAGAUUGGGGUGGAGAUAUAGAAACUGCUUUUGUGUGGCUGGAAUGUAGCCUAUAAAAGAAAAAAGAGCCACAUAAUCUCAUAUGCUUUUGCCUCUAGCAUAGCCCACCCCUGGCAUGCAGCCCCUAAAAGGUUAUCUCUGAUGGAAUGUGAUUCUUUGGUUGGAAAAGGUUCCUCACUCUUGACUAGAUGGACUAGUGGUCUGACUCACUUGUUGAUAUAUCUCACUGCUGUGAAAAUCUGUUGUGUAAAUAAUGUUUUUAGUUAGGCUUUUCUUCCCUGAGGACCCAGAUAUUAUAUAUCUUUUUAAAAAAAACUUGGAAGCUGAGUGACUGUUCCCUGCUGGCUGAUACUAUUCUGAGUAGUGCCUAUUUAUUUCUUUUACCUUUUAUUUUCUGCCCCAGUCUUUAUUCAAAAAAGAUUUCCAGCAUGACUUACAAGAUCACCAGUAAGACAGUCCUAGCUCUCAGUUUAUAAUCUAAAAUACAUGAUAUGUGAGGAAAAGAGGCAGAAGGAACAAAGCAGGCUGGUUUUUAUAACGGUCAGCAGGUAGGUGACAGUUGAGGGAGGACCAAAGGCAGCUGAUCUCAUGAUCUUACAUAGAAAUCAGUCAUUGAGUUUGGGCCCAGUUUAAGGUGCCCACAUUAGUGUUUACAGCCCUAAACCACUUAGGCCUCAAAUACCUAAAAGGCCACCUUCUGUACAGACCUUCUCAGGUAUUGAGAUAAUAAGUAGAGGGCUUUUUGAAGUUUCACCAUCUUCAAAAGAUGGGUCAUGGUAGCUUGGGAAAGGACAUUCGUUGUAGCAGCUCCUAUGUUGUGGAAUUCCCUUCCCGCAGAGGUGUGACUAGCACCAUCACUAGACAGUUUUAGUCAUAUGCUGAAGAUGCAUCUCUUUACCCUGACAUUUGACACUCAAUGCAUAUUUUUAGGACAACCCUAUUCUUGUUGCUGUAAUUUAUUUUAAAAACUGUUUCUAACAUUGCAAUCAUCAUAUUGUGGUUAUGCUGUUUAAAGCCCAAACUGCAUUUACAGUGGUAUGCAACAUUGGUUUAGUUCUGGCCCUUUGGCAGAGGAAACUUUUCAAAGGACAAGACUGUGUUGAAUUAGUGUUACGUGUAGCUGUAUGGUAACAUAAUUUGGUCCCAAGCUUCUUUGAAGGAGAAGCUGCACGUACUAUAUCACUUUAUCCUGUCUAGGUGGAUUUUAAAGACCAUGUGUGCCUUAAAAAAAAAAAAGCAAAGUUAUGUCUUGUAUAUUUAUAGUACAUUCUUAACCAAGAUACUUCAAUGUGUUGCAUGCACUUGAUACACAUUCUGUUGGCACAGGCUCAGGCAUCAGAGCAGAUGGUACUAGAUGAGGUUGAGAGUGAUAUAUCCUGAAGUAUUGCUCUCUGCCUGUGGGUGAUUAGAAGAUCUUCACAAAGCCAGCAUGUUUGGAAGCUGAAGUUGGAAAAAAAAUGAAACUGAGUUGAUAUAUUUGAUUUAUGUGCUAAUUUGUAGAAGCCAUGUGUUCAGAUGUGAACGAGCCUUGGGCUUACACACUCCCGUCCCUUGCAAGUAGUGAUGUCCUGCUGCUUAAUCCUAGUUUGAGACCGCAUAAUUUGCCUCAGUAUCUGAAUGGUUAAGACAGUGGUUUCCAACCAGUGUGCCAUGGUACCCUGGGGUGCCAUGGGCAGCACUGUCCUCUGUUCUUUUCUUCCCUCCCUCUGAUGUCUUCUUGCUUCUCUGCCUCCCAAAGGCUUGCACAGCUAUUUGUUGCAGCAUCCCUGGCUACAAGCUCCCCAGGUGAAUGGUGCCUCUGGGGCUGGGCAAGGGGGGUUUCCCAGGCCUCUGUGGGGCAGUGUGAGGAGGAACCUCUCUGGGGAAGAGGGGGGCAGCUCAAAAAUCAGGGGCGGCAGUUGCGGCUGCCCAGAGGAUUCCCAAGGAGAGGGGAGCAGAGAGAAGGUUGAGGGAACACUCCACAAAGGAGGGUGUUCAAACAGGGGUGAGAGGUUGCCGGCUCUACUGACAAGGGGUGACAUAACAGGGCUCCUGAGCCCCACAGGGGUGCCGCAAAAAGAAUGUAGUCAGUUAAGGGAGCUGUGGACUCAAAAAGCUGGAAACCCUCUGGGUUAAGAUACAUUUUGCAUGAGCUUGCAGAGUCCUGGUAUUUCAUGCAAACCGUAGUUUGACUGCUGUUGAUCUUACUUUCAUUCUCAUCUUUCCCUUCCCACAAAUAAUAAAUGCUUUGUGUCUGAAGAAGUCGAUAAAACAAUUGUUUUGUGCUAUGAGAUAGCAUUUGUGUUAUGAUCUCAUACAGCUAAGACAUCAGUAAUGACUCUGUGGGUCAUAGCAGUAUUAAAGGUGGAAGAAGUGGCAACCUAGAUACGUGAUUUUAUCUUCAAGAAAUAUUUUAUUAUUUAUAUGCCACCCAAUCAGAUGGGUGACAUAUAAAUAAUAAUUUUUGUUGUUGUUAUUGCAUGCUAGAAGUACAGACUUUGUCAAAUGCUAUUAUGGAAUGAAUAGUUCUUCAGUCUUUUCAUGAUUAUGAUGCUGAGUCCUGUGUGCCAACCAUGCCUAAGGAAACCACCUGUCCUCAAUGCAUUGUCUCCUAUACCAUUUAACAUCUGUAUGAAGUGAUUGAGGGGAUGUCAUCUGGAGUACAGUGUCAGCCAAUAUGCAAAUGAUACCCAGCUCAGUCUCUCUAUCCGAGUCUGGAGUGGGUGUGCAAAUGCUGGACUGGUAUCCAGAGGCAGUGAAGGGCUGGGUGAGGGCCAGGAAACUGAAGCUGUGUGUCUUCAGUUUCUAAUGUCUGGGAAUUAGGGAGGUGGCCUGUUCUGGAUGGAAUAGCAAUCGUCUUGAAGGAGCAAGUGUGUAUUCUGAGUGGUGUUCCUUGACUCUUACCUGCCGCUGGUGGCUCAAGUAGCACCAGCCUUUGCCACCUUCAGCCAUCUCUCAACCAGCUAGCUUGGUUUCAGUAAACCAUUCACUGGUAAUUUCCCAGUUUACUACAGCAUACUGUAUGUGGGUCUAUCCUUGAAGAUGAGGCUUAUUCCCAGGUAAAUGGGAUUAGGAUUGCUGACUAAUUCACUAGGAGCUGUCUUUAAUAUCUUCUGAAAUUUGACUGAAAAUAUAUUUACAAGCAUUUCUCAAUAAGCUCUGUGUAACUUACUCCCUUCUAAGUGUUUUUGGGAACAGCCUAAAUCCAGUGUGGUUUAAUAGUUAGAGUGUUGGACUAGAACUUGAGAGACUAAGGUUCCCCGCUCAGGUGAAGCUCACUGAAUGACCUUGGGCCAGUCACCAUUUCUUAGGCUAACCUGCCUCACAGGGUUGUUGUGAGGAUGAAAUGGGAAGGAGGAGAACCACAUAGCCACCUUGAGAUCCUUGGAAGAUAAUGGUGGUAUAUAAAUGUAAUAAGUAUCAAUUAAUUAAUACUUUAAAAUUAGAAAUGUGCUCCUGCAGUUAAGCAGGAGAGGGUAGCAGUGGGACAAAAGUGCUCAUUUGGAGCAGGGUAUUCAUGAGAGAGAUGGAAGAACAUGGCGAGAGAUGGGAUACUGCCCUGUAUGUGUCAUAUAUUGGAAGUAUUGGUUCAGAUGUCAAGACUAGUAAUGCUUUUCUUCCAUCAGUAGAUAUUCCCCCUUGUAUCAGUAGGUGUGCUUCCAAAACAAAACAUUUUUAGUUUUGUUGUUUCCCAGUGAACUCUAGAUCAUUAUAGUACAGAAUAUUGUUAAGCUUUACUGUAUUUAAUUUCUGCUACAGCUUAAUUAAAAAGCAAUGGUAAUUUUAAACAUUGAACAGUGCCUCAUUAUCUGAGCACAACAUAUAGAUGUUGGUCCUAGAACACACUUGUUUCAAAGAAAUUUCCAUGUUGCCAUUUGUUUGCUUUGGAACAUGGCAAAUGUUUGUUGUUCCAUCUCACGUACAUUCUGGUAUUAGGCUUGCAGACUUGAAAUAAAAAUUGAAUUCAGUGUGAUUUAGGACAGUUUAAAUGUGACAACAUUUAGUCAGUCUCAGACAUUGAAGCAAAAAAGGCAGAAAAUUGUGAUUAAUAAGUUCAAAAAUUAAGAAAAUAUUUAUGGAGGAGGAAUUGGGUCAGGCAGAGAAAUGGCAUUGGGCUGGAUAAGUAAAAUACUGAGUGUCUGCUAGUGAAGAAGAGAAUUGUCCAAGUGUAUAUCUCUUGUUGUUUUUUUUAUAGCACCACAUAUAUCUCUUGAUUUUUCUUCAUUUUAGAAAACCUAAUUAUUGCAAGGUGAAUGCAGCCAAUCCAUUCACAAAAUCAAGUCAAUUCUUGUCAUGAAAAUAAGAUUGUGAAACAUUGUGGUGAUUCUCCCAACCUCAUUUUUCCAUGAUUACCACCAAAAAGCAGAAUAAACUAAUUAUUGGCAAGUAAUUUCAGGGUAUGAAAAUAUGUAUGUAUUUUAAACAUUGAUCCUUAUAAUAUUUUCACUUUAUUUCAGAUCUGAGCACUUGGAUCUAA